UUUGCUGGUGCCGCACAGUCUCUUGGUGCUGGAGCAAUUUUGGUGAACCCUUGGAAUAUUACAGAAGUUGCUGCCUCAAUUGGUUAUGCUUUGACUAUGCCAGCUGAUGAAAGAGAAAAACGACAUCGACAUAACUUCACGCAUGUUACCACUCACACAUCACAAGAAUGGGCAGAGACUUUUGUCAGUGAACUCAACGAUACUGUUGUUGAAGCACAGCUAAGGACUCGGCAAAUUCCUCCUUUACUUCCUAAAAGAGAGGCCGUUGACCAUUAUUUGCAGGCAAAUAAUCGCUUGCUUAUUCUGGGAUUUAAUGCAACACUAACUAAACCAGCAGACACCCUAGGGAGAAGGGUUGAUCAGUUUAAAGAUAUGGAGCCUAAGUUACAUCCAGAAUUGAGAGAACCCUUGAAAAGACUUUGUGCUGAUCCAAAGACCACAAUAAUUGUCCUUAGCGGAAGUGACAGAAAUGUUCUUGAUGAGAAUUUUGGAGAAUAUAAUUUGUGGUUGGCCGCAGAACAUGGGAUGUUUCUGCGCCUUACUACAGGAGAUUGGAUGACAACAAUGCCGGAAAACCUAAAUAUGGACUGGGUUGACAGUGUGAAGCAUGUUUUCGAAUAUUUCACUGAGAGGACCCCCCGUUCUCAUUUUGAGCUUCGUGAAACUUCCCUUGUAUGGAAUUACAAGCAUGCAGAUGUUGAAUUUGGGAAGCUUCAGUCGAAGGAUCUGCUACAGCACCUAUGGACAGGCCCAAUUUCAAAUGCUUCUGUUGAUGUCGUUCAAGGAGCGAGAUCCGUUGAGGUCCGAGCAGUUGGUGUAACCAAAGGUGCUGCAAUUGAUAGAAUCCUGGGAGAAAUAGUUCAUCACAAUGAUGAGAAGGCUCCAAUUGAUUACGUUUUGUGCAUUGGCCAUUUUCUACCAAAGGAUGAAGACAUUUAUACUUUUUUUGAGCCAGAGCUUCCUGCUGGACCAGCAUCAAGAGCCAACUCCCUCAACAGAUUUACUUCAAAUUCAACAGGGCUUGCUGCAUUCUGCCGCAAAGCUCCUUUACCUUUUCCAGCCCCAGAGAAGAAAGGCACCUCCACCUUGUGUAAUGGCCACUGGUGGUCUAGGAUGCGCGAGAGGAUGUCUAUGCAUGAAGGGCCAUCGGUUCUUGAUCUCAAGG